CAACUAGUAGUAGUCUGUAGUUACUGGUGGUUACUAGUAGUUGGUUGUAGUUACUAGUAGUUGGUGGUAGGUACUGGUAGUUGUCGGUAGUUACUAGUAGUUACUGGUAGUUACAAGUAGUUGUCGCUAGUUGCUAGCAGUUACUAGUAGUUACUGGUAGUUCUUGGUAUUUACUAGUAGUUCCUAGUAGUUAUCUGUAGUUACUAGUAGUUACUGGUAGUUACUAGUUGUUGUCGGUAGUUAUUAGUAGUUACUGGUAGUUACCUAGUAGUUGUCGGUAGUUACUAGUGGUUACUAGUAGUUGGUUGUAGUUACUAGUAGUUGGUGGUAGGUACUGGUAGUUGUCGGUAGUUACUAGUAGUUACUGGUAGUUACAAGUAGUUGUCGGUAGUUGCUAGCAGUUACUUGUAGUUACUGGUAGUUCAUGGUAUUUACUAGUAGUUCCUAGUAGUUAUCUGUAGUUACUAGUAGUUACUGGUAGUUACUAGUAGUUACUGGUAGUUAUUGGUAGUUACUAGUUGUUGUCGGUAGUUAUUAGUAGUUACUGGUAGUUCUCGGUAUUUACUAGUAGUUAGUGGUAGUUAUUAGUAGUUACUUGUAGUUACUAGUAGUUGUUGGUAGUUACUAGUGGUUACUAGUAGUCGGUGGUAGUUAUUGGUAGUUACUAGUGGUUACUAGUAGUUGGCGGUAGUUACUAGUAGUUGCUGGUAGUUACUUGUAGUUGGUGGUAGUUAAUAGUAGUUGGUGGUAGUUACUAGUAGUUGGUGGUAGUUACUGGUAGUUGGUGGUAGUUACUAGUAGUUACUGGUAGUUACUAGUAGUUGUCGUUAAUUACGAGCAGUUAGUAGUAUUCACAGGUAGGUACUAGUCGUUGUCGAUAGUUACUACGUAGUAGUUAAUGGUAGUUCUUGGUAUUUACUAGUAGUUACUGGUAGUUACUAGUAGUUGCUGGUAGUUACUAGAAGUUCCUGGUGGUUAUCGGUAGUUACUAGUAGUUAGUGGUAGUUUUUGGUAUUUACUAGUAGUUACUGGUAGUUAUUAG